CUGCUGUCAGAGGGAGGCUCUAACCCACCAGGCUGCAGAAAGGACCCACAGGCCAGUGACCAGGGGCUCGGCUCAGCGCGAAGGCAGGACAAUGGCGAGGGACAAUAUCUAUGAGAAUAUGCCGAUGACGGAAGCUGCUCCCCAGCCCAAAGGAAACCCUCCCGAGACAUUGGUCCCUUGGCAGCACAGGGCGCGGGGCAUCGUCACUCCUGUCCUUCUCCUCCUGGGUCUGGCCCUGGCCACGUCCCUCCUUGCUGUGACGCUUCUAUAUCUCCGGGCACACAGCAAGCUGCAAGCGGUUGAAGAAGCGGUGCAGAAGCUCCAAGUCUCUCUGCAGCCUGACGACGCCUCGGACGCGUCAGCAAAGGGAUCAGACAGUGUGCAGCUAUUGGAUGAAGCGCAGGCAGGAGUCCGGAUGCUGAAAGCCCAGCUGGGUGACGUGCUGACAAAGCUCUCCAGAGGCUGGAGGUUUUACGGUGGGAACCUCUAUUACUUUUCACAAGAAAGGAAGUCGUGGGAUGAGGCCGAGCGGUUCUGUGUGUCUCAGGACUCGCACCUGACCUCUGUCUCCUCCCAGGCAGAACAGGAGUUUCUCUCCAACGAGACCCAGGGAGAAGCUCACUGGAUUGGACUCACCGACCGGGAGACAGAAGGCAGCUGGCGCUGGGUGGAUGGCACAGAAUACAGAGCUGACGCAAGCAGUGUGUUCUGGAUGGAGAAUGAGCCAAACGAUUACGAUCCGGAUAGAGGUGGUGGAGAAGACUGUGUUUGUACCGAGCCAAGAUUCCGGAAUAUGUGGAAUGAUGUCAAGUGCUUUCGGCCUUUCAGGUGGAUUUGUAAGCAGAUCCAUGCAUAGGCUGGGCUGUGAUAUGCAGGUCAACGCUUCCUCAGCUCCCAUCCACUCAUGUCCCUUCUUUACCUACCCUACAUUGACGACAUCUUCAUUAUCUGGACCCAUGGAAAGGAGACUGGAAAAAUUCCACUACAAUUUCAACAGCUUCCACCUCACCAUCAACC